UAUGACAGGAAGAAAAGAGUAGGGCGAGAGGAGAAUCGAAACAGAAUACGUAUACAUACGCGGGUGGAAGUGUGUCUUACAUCAGUGCGUAACGCCCCUGGAUUAUGCGGCGACGACGUUCCCAAGGAGCCGCACAUAGAUCGACGAUACGGAUUUGCAGGUCGCACUGUGUCAGAGAAGCGGAGGACAAAAAAACAAAUAACGCUUUCAACUACGCACUGUCCAACGCACGCACGUACUACGGACGCACGCGUACGUGCAGUGCACGAAGCGAGAGCGAAAGAGAGAGAGAGAGAGGAAAUAGGGAAAGAGAUGACGCCAAUGACGUGUAUACAUCUGCGUCAUAUAUAUGUAUAACUUUACGUCGCGAAAGUCUGCCGCUUCCGGACGAGUUGGAGGAUAUUUGACAUUUCGAUUAUUAAAAAGAUACUAUAAAUAUAUAUAUAUAUAUGCGGGAGGAAAUAAUUAACAAAAUUAAAAUUUUAUUUAAUCAGGUUUAUUGAUGAUUAAUACACAGUCGCUUGAGAAAUUUUAUUAGAAGUUAAAUAUUACGUAAUAUUGAAUUACAGCAACAGAUAGCGAUAGUUUAUAUUUUUUAAAUCAAUAUAUAUAUAUAUGACUGUAAAUAAUUAUAUCUAUAUAUAGAUGCAAUUCGGAAGUACGUAUAAUCAGACGGAAAUAAGGCAUACACACGAUGGCGAAUUAUACAUAAACCAGCUUAAAUCAACUCUGUUAAUUAAGUCUGGAUUUUUUUAGUGAAAUUAGUAGUUCUCUAUCCGAGAGCGAAUCAGCGUGCUCGAAAAAUUUGUCCACGAUAUUGCGAGGAAGCCUUAAUCUAGAUAUCUGGAGGCCGAACUAGAAACAAAUAGUUCAUGACAGUAGUCGACCAAUAAGAUUAUUUUGGUUUUAACCAGUCUUUAUAAUCCAUGACAGUCUUAAAUCUCUCGGAUCAUGUCAAGUCGGAGUUGAUAGAAAGUUGAUAAUAAUUCGCACUUGAUUGGAUUUUUAUUAAUAAUUCUCGUGCUUGAAACAUACAUAUAUAUAUGCGUAUAUAUGGGCCGCGUUUCGUCCGCAAAUCGUAAUUUCCUUUCUCCGGCAUUAUUUUAUUAUUUUGUCGCUCGACCGUCUCUUCAUUUAACGUGCUCCAAUCUGCUCGUUACUUGACGAUAAUAUGAUGCCAAACACGGACGUUUAUGACAGUUUGUAUCUGUAUGCAACUCCAGAAAAAUUUUUUGUGGAGCCAGUCGGGACCAAAGUCCUGCUAGUGGUUGAUAGAGUGAGUCAGCAAAUCUAUACGCAAGUUGGUACAGCUAGUCAAAUUCCAACAACUGCUAGUCGUAGGAAAAUAUGGGGACUGGUGGGGACCAUACGCCUUUUGGCGUGUCGUUAUCUCAUUGUCAUUACGGAUGCUCAAAUGUGUGGUACUAUAGCUGGGCAUAACAUCUACAAGAUAUCGUCGACAGAGGUGAUACCUUAUACGAGAUCAUCUUUACAUUUGACUGAGAAACAGGUGCAAAAUAAUGCCACAUACUUGGAGAUGAUGAAGUCAGUCUUGAAUACACCAUACUUUUACUUCAGUUAUACCUAUGACCUUAGCCAUGCCAUGCAGAGGUUGCAUAACACAACACCUGAAUUCUUGCAAAUGCCACUUCAUGACAGAGCAGAUCCUAGGUUCGUAUGGAAUGCCUACCUUCUGCAGGACUUGAGUGCUAGACCGGAGCAGUAUAAAUUUUGUUUACCCAUUAUUCAUGGCUUCGUCUCGCUGAACACUGUGGUUGUGAACGGUGUCGCAUUCAACUGGGGCAUUGUCUCUAGACGUGGUAUACAUCGUGCUGGCACAAGACUAUUUUCGCGCGGUAUAGAUGCCACAGGGAACGUUUCCAAUUACGUGGAGACGGAGCAGCUGAUAGAAGUAAAUGGCGAUCGCAGUUCCUUUGUGCAAACGCGUGGAUCCAUUCCUCUGUUUUGGUAUCAAGCACCAAACUUGAAGUACAAGCCAAAACCACAAAUCAGUCCACAUGAAGAUCAUCAAAGCGCUUGUGCGCGACACUUCGACGCUCAGAUCUUUCACUAUGGAAGACAAAUCUUAGUAAAUUUGAUCGAUCAACGUGGACCAGAAGCACUACUUGAAAAUGCAUAUCGAAAUUUAGUCCUAAGAGUCAACAAUCCAAACAUUCGAUAUGAGGCUUUUGACUUUCAUGCAGAAUGUAGAAGAUUGAGGUGGGACAAAUUGAACAAUUUAAUGGAUCGACUAGCCCAUGAUCAGGAACAGAUGGGGUACUUCUUGUUAAUGAGGGAUGGAGCAUUGCUUUCGGUUCAGGAUGGCGUUUUCCGUACAAAUUGUAUUGAUUGCCUGGACCGAACGAAUGUUGUACAAAGCAUGCUGGCGAAGCGAGUGCUCAAUGAAGUAUUGAGCAGGCUAGAAAUACUUAGAAAAGUGGAGGAUCAUCCUGCGUUUGAAAAUCUGUUUAAACAGGUUUGGGCCGAUAAUGCGGACGUGAUAAGUGUCCAAUAUUCUGGCACAGGAGCAUUAAAGACGGAUUUCACACGAACUGGAAAGCGCACCAAAUUGGGCGCGAUGAAAGACGGACUAAAUUCACUAACGAGAUAUUACAAGAACAAUUUUGCCGAUGGAUACAGACAGGAUUCGCUGGAGCUUUUUCUGGGUCGCUAUAUCGUGCAGGACGGCGAAUGCACUUCCAUUCAAUGUCCUUUGGAAACCGAGCGAAAUUGGCGUUACGCUACAUUCCCGCUCGUUCUUUUAGUCGCGUCCUCGAUGUUAGUCGCUCAUAUAAUAUUACCGUCGCGAUACACAACGGAAAUAUUACUUUAUAUGCUAUUUUGGGGUGCCAUGGUGGCCGGCACUUUCGCUACUAUUAUCCAUCAUGGCAAGCAAUAUGUCGAUAAGCCAAAAUUACUUUAGAAUUAAUAAAUAAUUCUAUGAAACUUUAAAUUAUAUAUAUAUAUAUAUAUAUAUAUAUAUAUAUAUAUAUAUAUAUUGUACAAUGUUGAUAAUCGAUGGCGAUAAGAGAUUGUAGAAUUCUAUUAGUUUUGCACAUUUAUCAGUUGGAUCAAUCGGUACCUCGGUUUUUCUAUACACAGAUCUCAUCGUAUGAUGUAAUAACAAGGCUUACCUCCUUGAAGACUUAAGAUCUUCAUCUUCGGAAAUACUAUUCGCGUUUCAUUGUAAGAUUAGAGAUGGCCGUAUUCGUUGAAUGUGUGUAUUUUUAUUGGUGGUAGAAGGUGUAUGUCGAGCAAUGAUGUCUCUUAUACGAA